AUGGAUGAAAAUGAAACAAUAAACCAUAAUAAUGCUAAUUCAAAACAAGGUCCACAAGCAUCGACAAUAUCGAUCGUACCAAGUGAUGUACGCACUGGAGGCCGAGGACCAGGCUUAGCGACAACCACCGUGGAAAAAUCGAAUGAAACAACUGCGUCAACAUCAGCCUCGGCUACAACUAGUUCCGGUCCGAAUGCUAUGCUUAUGGUGGGACCCAACUUUCGCGUUGGAAAACGAAUAGGUGCCGGUAAUUUCGGAGAAAUUCGUUUAGGAAAAAACUUGUACAAUAAUGAACAUGUUGCGAUCAAAUUAGAACCUAUGAAAUCUCGUGCUCCCCAACUCCAUCUCGAAUAUCGAUUUUACCGGCAACUUGGAACUUGCGAGGGUGUGCCACAAGUACAUUAUUUUGGACCAUGUGGAAAAUACAAUGCUCUGGUUGUUGAAUUACUCGGACCGUCUCUUGAAGAUUUAUUUGACAAUUGCGAUCGUAAAUUUUCCUUGAAAACUGUCCUGAUGAUUGCUAUUCAAUUAAUCACUCGAAUGGAAUACGUUCAUUCGAAAAAUUUGAUCUAUCGAGAUGUUAAACCUGAAAAUUUCCUUAUUGGACGUUCGUCUACUCGCAAACAGCAUUUGAUACAUAUUAUCGAUUUCGGAUUAGCAAAAGAAUAUAUCGAUCCAGAUACUGGUCGGCAUAUUCCAUUUCGCGAACAUAAAAGUUUAACUGGAACAGCCAGAUAUAUGAGUAUUAAUACUCAUCUCGGAAAAGAACAAAGUCGUCGAGACGAUUUGGAAGCAUUAGGGCAUAUGUUCAUGUACUUUUUACGCGGUAGUUUACCGUGGCAAGGCCUAAAAGCCGAAACAUUGAAAGAACGUUAUCAAAAGAUAGGUGAUACGAAACGUGCCACGCAUAUCGACGUUUUGUGCCAAAAUCAUCCAGAAGAAUUCGCAAAGUAUCUAAAAUAUGUACGAAAUCUAGACUUCUUCGAAACUCCAAACUACGAAUAUUUAAGAAAACUAUUCAAAGAUCUUAUGGACGCGAGAAAUUACGUAUGUGAUUACAACUUUGAUUGGGUAGAGAAAAUGCAGAAACUAACGAACCGACCAUCCACCAAUAAUAACUCUCAAUAUCCAACAUCGACUCAACCGGAGGCAACAUCUAGUCCACUCGCCCGACAGACUAACAGACCGGCCAAUGCAGCUGAUGAAGAUCCUGGUCGAGAACAUGCACGUAUUAUUUUACCAUCAUCUCCGCCCAACGUUGAUGUUAUUAGUGAUACAAAGUGUUGUUGUUUUUUUAAUCGUCAACAGUUAAACACAUCAAAAUACGACGUUGUUAUCAAAUCGGUUCUAUAUCUUUGUAUCUGCUCGUUUUCUUAUCUUUUCGUACAGUCAUCUGGUGUGGCGAUGAACGAAGAUGAAGAAGCACCAAGUCUGGCCGAAAUUCAUAUCGCAGCAAGUCAUUUACGUUCGUUAUCAUUACCAAUAACACCGAUUCUAACCAGUUCAACAUUAAAUACUUUAACCGGAAGACAUAUUUAUUUGAAAUGCGAGAAUUUCCAACGUACCGGAUCGUUUAAAAGUCGUGGUGCACUCAAUGCCGUCUUGAAUGCAAUGAAAGUUGAUCCGAAUGUAAAAGGCUUUGUCACACAUUCGUCGGGUAAUCACGGACAAGCUUUAGCAUACGCUGCAUCGAUUGUCAAACGAGCAUGUGUUGUUGUUGUGCCUCAAGGCACGCCUAAAAACAAAAUAGAUGCAAUCGAACGCUAUGGAGCCGAACUGGUUGUCUGUGAGCCGACGCCAGCAAGCCGAACAGCCACAUCUCUACAGAUCAGUCAAGAAAGAGAUUAUCUAAUGAUACCACCGUUCGAUCAUCGAGAUGUUAUUGCAGGACAAGGAACAAUUGCUGUCGAACUUCUCGAACAAUUACCUAAUCUGGAUGCGAUUCUAGUGCCCGUCAGCGGUGGUGGAUUGAUUAGUGGCAUUGCUUUAUAUGCUAAACGAAUUAAUCCGAAUAUACGAAUCUAUGCGUGUGUACCCGAUGGGAAAAUAUUGGGAGAAUGUUUAAAGGAACAGAAACGUCUAUGGCCAAAUCCUCCACAGUUUCUUCAAACAAAAUGCGAGGCUUGUCGUUUGCAACAGUGUGGUACACUCACUUUUCCGAUAAUGUGCUCCUUGGUUGAAAAGCAGGUCUUUAGUAUAUCAGAUAAAACAAUGAUCGAAGCCACUCGUUUUGCUUUCGAACAACUGAAAUUAGUUGUCGAACUCGCCGCCGGUUUGUCUCUAGGUGCCAUACUUUCUCAAUCCGAUCAGUUAGACGCUGAUGUUCGCAAUGUUGCUCUUAUUCUUUGUGGUGGAAAUAUUGAUUUGAAUGAAAAAUUGCCUUGGCAAAACUAA